GUGGAAAAAAAAGAAAAAGAAAAGAGAGCAAAGUAGAGCGCCACGUCCACGUCACGCAAAUGUGAGUGUGUGAGUGUGUACGUGAGAGACAGAGAGACAGAAAGAGUCUCCGUGAACUUAAGGUUAUUUCUGGGCCGAUUGAACUUUUUUAAAAAAGCUCCACGUUAUUGCAAGGCCACAAGGAGAAACGGGCAGAAGUUGAGAGGAGAGGGGGAAAAAAAAGCACAGCUCCUACUGAAGCUCUCUAAAAAGCCACAAUGAGCAAAAGAGAUGAGCCACAGCAUGAUGAGCCUGCAUACUUAAAGGAUGAACCUCCAGCAGAUACCAAUAAAGACCACCCUCAGGUUCAGCCGGGGAUGUUUUCCAGAGUGACGGGAGGUCUCUUCAGUGUCACCAAGGGGGCUGUUGGGGCCACUGUUGGUGGGGUGGCCUGGCUAGGAGGGAAGAGCUUGGACCUCACGAAGACCGCCGUCACCUCUGUUGCUGCUGUUCCCGGCAUGGGAGUAGGAUUGGUGAAAGGGGGCGUAACGGCAGUGGCCGGCGGAGUAACCGCAGUUGGCUCAGCAGUUGUUAACAAAGUUCCCAUUGGAGGAGCCAAGAAGAAGGACAAGUCUGAUUGAAAUGCCUGCAUUGUUGGGAGAGAUGCUGUCAUCAGUGACUAUAUUAUAUGACUCCUCAGUGGGUUGACGGUUGGUUUGAUAUUCUGCAAAACAUUUUGUUGGGACCAGAUCUAUCUGCUAGAUCUGGUGUAAGAAUGAGUGACUUCAGUGUACUAGGAGCUUCCAUCUGCUUCUCAUAAGAGGUUCUGUUUUUGUGUCCUGCGUUGUAUGUUUUGGAACAUGACAAGGUGAGGUUGUUGUGAUCCCAGUAAGGGCAAAAUGUUUUAAUUUUCGAAGUAUUAGUCGUGAAAGUUUGGAGACUUGGGUAUUUAGCGAGGGACCACUGUAACAUUGUCAAGUUUUGCUAUGCCACAUUGCAAUGAGUUUUGUGUCUUUGACCAGAAACUAGGCAACACGCAUAUCUUUGUACCAGAGCCGUAGGGAAAAUUUAAGAUGGGCAUCACUUGGGUAUCACUCGGUGUACUGCAGGAGAAAAUCUGAGACUGAUGGGUUGAUGAUAAUGUUUCAUCUCUCUGAUUUUGUUUGAGAUACAGCCUCUGGGGUGCAGAUUGACCUGUGCUGUUCUCUUGUACAGCAUUGCUCAUCAGUCUCUCUCUUUUACAUUUGCAGUACUUUACAAAGAAGCCCUGAGCCUCCAGCCACAAACUAAUGUGUUUACUAUGCACCCAAACAUCAGCUUAGGAGUUUUCUUAUGAAAAUUGAAUGCUGGUAGCAAACAUUCCUAAACACAACAGUAAUAUUAUUCAGUCUAAUAGCGGUUUAGGUUAGAUUAUAAUGUCUGUUAAAGACUGGGCCGUUUUCCUACUCUAGCCUUGCAGUGAAGAAUGUAACCUAUAAAAAAUAGUAUGUUCAACUAUACAUGUUUUAUUUAUCUUAAAGCCUUUUUCCAGUGGCUUUGAAAUUUUGUCUUGUCCAUUUCAUAAAUAGAAGCAUUUCCCAGGCCAAUACCAAUAAUACAUUACACUUUUAUAUUUUGAACAGUAUUUUCUCUAAGAUGUGCUCUAAAUCUUUAUUUUCUUACAACCAAAGAAUGCAAGAUGCUCAGUCAAUGUAGGUAUCUCUGUAAUAAGCAAUAUGUUUUCUUUCUUUCUUUCUUUCUUUCUUUCUUUCUUUCUUUCUUUCUUUCUUUCUUUCUUUCUUUCUUUCUUUCUUUCUUUAUUUCUUUCUUUCUUUCAUUUUUUUUUUAGAUUUUAUUCAUCUAAGUGUAUUCAUUUUACACAUAAAUAAGUAAGUCUGUGCUUGAAUAUAUAAUGUGAAUUAAAUAAAGAAAUAGGAUUCAA